CUCAGAAUUUCAGCCAAUCGCGGCUCAUGGCUCGGCUACGGGGCGGAGCUGGGUGAGCCCGUGCCAGACCGAGAGGCCCCAGGGAGGCAAGCAGAGGAGGGUCGCAAAGCUUCGGACGCUUCUGGCGGUAGUCGUUGUGAACCUAGUAGCUGAGGGCAUCAUGGUAGGAGGAGGCUUGAAGAGGAAACACUCGGACCUGGAGGAGGAAGAGGAGGAUGAGAAGUGGGGCUGGGGUCCAGCGGGCUUGCGAAGCUACCAGCAAGCCCUGCUCCGCAUCUCUCUAGACAAAGUCCAGCAAAGCCUGGGCCCCCGAGCACCCAGCCUCCGCAGGCAUGUCCUCAUCCACAACACCCUCCAGCAGCUCCAGGCCGCGCUUUGCCUGGCUCCAGCACCUGCCGUGCCCCCUGAGCCCCUCUUCCUGGGUGAAGAGGACUUCUCCUUGUCUACUACCAUCGGCUCUAUUCUCAGGGAGCUGGAGACUUCCAUGGACGAGACGGAGACCCCUCAGAAUCCAGUGGCUCCCCCAAGCCCCCAAAAUGAAGUACUGCCCCAGCCUGAUCCAGUUUUCUUAGAAGCCCUGAGCUCUCGGUACCUGGGGGACUCAGGUCUGGAUGACUUUUUUCUGGACAUUGACACUUCCACAGUGGAGAAGGAGCCUGCACUGGCCCCAGCGGAGCCUCCUCACAACCUCUUCUGUGCCCCAGGGUCCUGGGAGUGGAAUGAACUAGAUCACAUCAUGGAAAUCAUUCUAGGAUCCUAAAGCUUUGAUAGUGGUGGGGGUGAUCCCUCUACAUGUCAGCCUCAGUAAGCUGGAUCUUUACACUUGAUCUUAGCCAAAAGGCUGAGAAGAGAUUGGGCUGGAUCUCUAGAUGCAACUGUGUGUGUGUGUGUGUGUGUGUGUGUGUGUGUUGGUGGGGGCUUUAAGCCGAGGCUGGCCUCCUUUUCUCCCAUUUCAGGGUCCCACAAACUGUCUUGCAUGUGUGUGUGUAUCUGGUUACCACAUCCUUCUGUGAAGGUGGGUCUUCCUGAAUUAAUUUAUCUGUUCCAAAUGCCUUAAUGAGACUGUUUCUGGGAGUCUGAUUUCCCACUUCCAUAUGUCUUCUGCCUUCCCCUCAAGUUCCUACUCCUCUUGUGACCACUGGGGCCUCAGGAAAGAUAUGGUGGCCCUGUCGAAGGAUGACGGGGAUGUGUUGCCUGGUUGCUGUGGAAACCCAAGCUCUGCCUGUUGCACCUGGAAAGGAGUAGGACCUACUCCCCCCAGGUUGAACCCCACUUCCUUGGCCGUACCCCAGUCCCAGCAGCUUCCUGAUUCAUAUCCAGGCCGGACCACGUGCAAUAGGGUGGAAACCAAACUGCUCCAUGCUGCGUUAUUUAAAAGAAAGGCAGGUUUUGUGGUGGUUUGGGGGUGGGGUGG